CUGAAUAAGUUUUAGAUUAUGGCAGCUCAAAAUCGUGAUGUAUAUGAGAGAUUAGACAACGCGGCUGAAGUUGGGGAUAUUGAGACACUGUACCAGUUGAUUGCUGAAGAUCCAAAUGUUCUACGAGGACACUAUGAUAAAGUGCCUUUUCGUGAGACGCCACUACACAUUGCAGCCAGAAAUGGCCAAAGUCAUUUUGCCAUGGAGUUAAUGACCCUUAAGCCUUCGCUUGCUUUGAAGCUAAACACGUCAGGUCUCAGCCCAAUGCAUUUAGCCCUGCAAAAUAACCAUAUUCGAACUGUGAGAGGGUUAAUGGCAAUCGACAGCAGCUUAAUCAGCAUCAAGGGAAGAGGAAGGAUUACUCCUUUGCAUCAUGUGGCUAAAAUAGGUGAUGCAGAGUUGUUGAGUGAGUUCUUGUUUGCUUGUCCUUGUUCCAUAGAAGACUUGACGACUAACUGUGAGACAGCAGUGCACAUCGCUGUGAAGAACGACAGGCUUGAGGUAUUUAAGGUUCUAUUGGGAUGGGUUAAGAGAGUAAACAGGGAGGAAAUCCUGGACUGGAAGGAUGAAGAUGGUAACACAGUCUUCCACAUUGCUGCGUUGACUAAUCAAACAGAGGUAAUGAAGUUGCUGCGUGGAACCGUGAAAGUAAACGCCAAAAACUUGGAUGGUAAGACCGCCAUGGACAUACUUCAAGCUCACCAAUCUCCUCGUUUUCCCGAAGCAAGUAGACUUCUCCGCAGGGCUAAGGAAAUAUUGCACUUUGGUCGCACGAUGUCUCUAGCGGUGUUCUUGAGCGAAAAGCCAUCGCCUAUUGAGAAGCAGAACAAGCUCUUAGGGCUGAACCCUCUGAUCCAGACCAGACACAGAUCUUCGAGUAGUAAUGACAGCCGCAGUGCGGUACUUGUGGUGGCUAUACUGGUUGUAACAGCUACAUACCAAGCUGGUCUUAGUCCUCCUGGUGGAUUUUGGCAAGAAACUGUCUACGACGAUGAUGUACACUUCCGUCACGACGCUGGGCAGAUGACUAUGUCUUUCAACAAUGCCUUAUUCUUUUUUUUCCUCAACGGAAUUGCCUUCUUUUCAUCUCUGUAUGUGACCAUGAAACUCAUAAUUGGACUCCCCAUGUGGAUGGUACUCUACGGUUCAACGAUGGCUCUCGGGAGUGCCAAUUAUACAUCAUUCAUCUAUACAUUACCAGAUUCAACUAGCCCACUCGGGGGAAUCGCAGUGUCCCUAUUGCUAUUGGCAUACCCUGUGAUCACGGCAUUAAUAAUAUUCCCUCCUAUCGUGGCAUUCUUUGUCAAUAAAAGUCGCCGGCACAAUGUGGACUUUUCGGCGAGGUACUUCAGCUCAUCUCAGGAGCUAUCGUAAUGAAGCCUGAAGCGUUCAAGAGUGCUAGACUCUUUAUUGUCUCCGACCAGCUCUUCUUACAGAUUCCCUCUGUAUCUUUGGAUUUUGUAACUUUUUUCACCUAUUAUAAGAUGAAUCUCUCUCCCUUUCUUUACCUAUGUUUUACUCUGGAUUGAGUCUUCAACUCUUACACGUUUACUAUUACGGUAUUACCCAUGUACUGUGAUCGUAAAACCAACAGUGAUAAUAAAUCCAUCAAACUAAGUCUCUAUACAGCU